AUGGCGGCGCCCUUAGAGGUGUGCCAUGUCGCCUGCUGCGCCAACCGGGCCGGCCCUGGGGUGGUGGCCUGGGGGAGAGGCGGUUUGGUGGCCUUCGGUUCGUGCCGCUCCGUUAUCCUCUACGAUCCGCAGAAAAGAAAAGUAGUUGGGACCUUGAAUGGUCACUCGGAAAGAGUAAAUUGUGUUCAAUGGAUUUACAAGAACGAUGGCUCUCAGGAGACAGAAUUGAUUUCUGGAGGAUCUGACAAAUGUCUUAUUCUUUGGGAAACAAGAAGUGGCGAGCUUGUGAACUUCGUUCGCCUUGAAGGACACACGGAAGCAGUUUGUGCUAUAGAUGCUGUUUCCUUGGCAAAUGAGGCUUCUGCGGAAUUGAAUCUUCUCAUAGCUUCUGCAGGUUCUGAUUCUACGGUCAGAAUCUGGUCAAGGCAUGGAACGGAAGUUAAAUGCCUCCAGGCCCUGCAGUUUGGAAAUGGAUUUGUUAUGGAUGUUUCUUUGUCCUUUCUGCCGGGCAGCACUGUGCCAAUAUUGGCUUGUGGUGGUGACGACUGCAGAAUUCAUUUGUACGUGCAGCAGGAGGGGCAGUUUCAGAACCAGUUGCUACUUCGUGGGCAUGAAGACUGGAUAAGAGGGGUCGAGUGGGCAGCUUGUGAUGGAGAUCUCUUCUUGGCCAGCUGUGCUCAGGAUUGCCUGAUAAGAAUUUGGAAGAUUCAUGCAUCUUCGCUGCCGCUUCUGGAAACUGGAGAUGAAGAUGUUAUUAGGUUGAAGGAGAACAUUUUCACUGUGAAAGAUAACAAAGGUUCGGACACAUCCUUUGCUGUGACAUUGGACUCGGUGUUAGCUGGACAUGAAAACUGGGUCUGUGCGGUUCAUUGGCAGCCUUCAUUUUUCAGAGAUGGCAGGAGGGAACAACCAAUGAGAUUGCUUUCUGCUUCAGUGGACAAAACCAUAAUCCUGUGGGCUCCAGAUGAGGAAUCUGGGGUGUGGUUAGAACAGGUCCGAGUAGGAGAAGUGGGAGGAAACACGCUUGGGUUUUUUGACUGUUGCUUCAGCCCAGAUGGCAUGAUGAUCCUCGCGCAUGCUUUUCACGGAGCUCUGCAUCUUUGGAAACAGACUUCAGCAAAUAAGCGAGAGUGGACUCCAGAAGUAGUGAUUUCAGGACAUUUCAAUAGUGUGCAAGAUGUGAACUGGGACCCAGAGGGAGAAUUUAUCAUCACUGUUGGUUCUGAUCAAACAACGAGAAUCUUUGCUCCGUGGAAAAGAGAGAACCAAGCAGAGGUAACGUGGCAUGAAGUGGCAAGGCCUCAGGUGCAUGGGUAUGACAUGCAGUGUUUAGCAAUGACUGGGCCAUUUCAGUUUGUAUCCGGAGCAGAAGAGAAAGUGCUGCGAGUGUUUACUGCCCCUAGGAAUUUCGUGGAAAACUUCAGCAGCAUUUCUGGUGUCUCUCUGGAAAAGUUGUAUUCUGGUCGAAUGAAUAAUCUCCCAGAAGGCGCUACUGUACCGGCUUUGGGCUUGUCAAAUAAAGCUGUCUUUCAAGAGGAUACAGCCAUUCAGACAACGGGUGAGGAUGAAAAAAUUAAUAGUUCCAGCCAGUAUCACGAGAAUUACUUUCAACCAUGUAGCCUUACAGAACCUCCCACGGAAGAUCAUCUCUUGCAAAACACGCUAUGGCCUGAAACCCAAAAGCUAUAUGGGCAUGGCUAUGAAGUUUUCUGUGUUGCUUGCAACAGUGCCAAAACAGUAAUUGCCUCUGCAUGUAAGGCUUCUAAAAAAGAACACGCAGCCAUCAUUUUGUGGAGUGCCAUGACCUGGAAGCAGCUGCAGAGCUUACCUUUUCACAACCUGACGGUGACACAGAUGGCCUUUUCCCCUGAUGACAAAUUCUUGUUGGCAGUGUCGAGAGACAGGAAAUGGUCUCUUUGGAAAUGCAAAGACAGCAGUCCGUCAGAACCGGAAACGGCUUUCGGCCUCUUUGCUUACACAGACCAAAACAUGGCAGCGCACAGCCGCAUCAUUUGGUCUUGCGACUGGACCCCUGACAGCAAAUAUUUCAUUACAGGAAGCAGAGACAAAAAGGUUGUCAUCUGGGGCAAAUGUUGUUCAGCAGAGGAGAAUAAAGGCGAUGCCCCAGCUGCUGUCAGGCUUUGCUCCUCAGUCCUGGAGGUUGGCGACUCCGUCACUGCCGUGAGCGCCAGCCCUGUGCUCACUUUGGACGGGAGCUACGUCAUUGCAGUGGGAACAGAAGGUGGGGCUAUCCACUUGUACAAAUGGAAGCCAAAUGGCGAGAGGUUGACGUGCUCCGAUUGGACAAAGUGUGCCGAGACUGACAGCAGCCAAAGCCACACUCUUGUCGUCAAGCGGCUGAGUUGGAGGAAGCAUGUCGGCAGAGCUGGCCACGACACCCCUGAGAGCAACAAGUGGCUUCAGCUGGCAAGCUGCGGGGCUGACCACGCGGUGAAGAUCUUCAAUAUUAAUAGACACACAGUCUUUGAACAGUGAACUGUGAUCAGGCCAGCCCUCCGGCUUGUUUUAUCUGUAAAUACAUUUUUGAUUGCUUUAUAUAUUUUUCUGACCGAUAUCUA